CGCUACUCGUUCUCGACGGGCUUCAGCGCCAAGAACCAAACGACCAUUGUAAACUACACAUCUGCGCUUUCACGCUUCGGCCUCGCACACCUGCGGCAGCAGACCAACAUCUCGUCGCCGUUUAUCAGCGUCUACGAUAGCCUGGCGCAUGCCGAGGCCGUGGCCCGCUAUUUCGGCGACCGCUACAUGGAGGAUACGUGGGUGGUUACUGUGGAUCCCGCGCAUUUUGCGCGCGGGCCCGUGUUUCGGGCUGCGGAUUUGCUGAGGGACGCGAAUGCCUGUGAGGCGCAGGGUGGUGCGAAGGGGGGGAAGAAGGGCGCGGAUGCCGCGGCGGAUCAAUGGUUGCAUUGGGGAGAGUACCUGGUCAUGUAUCGUAUUCCCGCGCAGGCGAUUCGCGAUCAGACGCCCAUUGCGAAGGUGGGGGAUCAGCGGUGCAGAGCAGUGGGUGUCAUUGGAGGU